GCGCGGCCUCAUAUAGCGGCGGGGGGGCAGCGGCGGCGCCGCAUUGCGGGCGGGCGUGGGCACCAUGGCGCCGCGGCUCUUCUGCGUGCUCGGGCUCCUGGCGGCCGCUGUGGCAAGCCCUGUUUUGUGGCAAAAGGACUGUGUGAAGGGGCCAGAGGUAUGGUGUCAGAGUAUUCGGACAGCAUCGCAGUGUGGUGCAGUGAAACACUGCCAGCAGAAUGUCUGGAACAAGCCUACUCUAAGCAGUAUCCCCUGUGACUUGUGUAAGGAACUUGUGACAGUGGCUGGCAAGGUUUUGAAGGAUAAUGGCACAGAGGAUGAGAUCCGCUCUUACUUGGAAAAGACGUGCGAGUUUCUUCCUGACCAAAGUCUGGUCUCUGAAUGCAAAGAAAUUGUGGAUUCCUACCUACCAGUUAUCAUGGAUAUGAUUAAAGAAGAGCUGGAUAAACCUGAAGUUGUAUGUAGUGCCCUCUCACUCUGCCAGUCCCUUCAGAAGCACCUUGCAGCAAUGAAACUUCAGAAACAACUCCAGUCCAAUAAGAUACCAGAGCUGGACUUCUCUGAACUGGCAUCCCCAUUCAUGGCUAAUGUACCUCUUCUCCUUUACCCUCAGGACAAACCCAAGCAGAAGCCUAAGGGGAGUGGGGAUGUAUGCCAAGAUUGCAUUCAGCUGGUUACUGAUGUUCAGGAAGCUGUGAGGACCAACUCUUCUUUUGUAAAGUCUUUGGUUGCUCAUGCCAAGGAGGAGUGUGACCGUUUGGGACCUGGAAUGUCUGAUAUGUGCAAGAGCUAUAUCUCUGAAUAUUCUGACCUGGCUAUCCAAAUGAUGAUGCACAUGGUUGUGUUCAAUAAUGCAGGAAUGUGUCUUUGUUUGCAAAAUUUGAGGUUACUGGAUGCUUUAAAGAAGCAACCAAAGGACAUUUGUGCCAUGGUUGGGUUCUGUCCUUCUGUGACAUCUGCUCCCCUUCUGAUGCCAGCUCAAGUGGUUCAUGAAGUGAAAAUGGAAACUAUUGAGAAAGCCUCAGUUCAAGAGAAAACCUUUUCCUUGUGUGAAAUAUGUGAGACCAUGGUGAAAGAAGUGACCGGCCUCUUGGAGAGCAACAAGACAGAGGAGGAGAUUGUUCAUGAAAUGGAGGUGAUCUGCUACCUAUUCCCAGGAAGUGUCAAGGACCAGUGUAAGGACUUCAUAGAUGUCUACGGCCAGGCUUUGAUUGACAUGCUCUUGGAGGCAACGAAUCCUGAAGCUGUGUGUGUUAUGCUAAAAUGCUGUGCAGCCAACAAGCCUCCACAGCAGCCAGUUUUAGUGAAGCCUGCAGAUGGGUUCUGUGAUAUCUGCAAGAUGGUGGUAGCUUAUGCAGACAAAGAACUAGAGAAGAAUGCCACGACAACUGAAAUUGAAGCUUUACUGGAAAAAGUCUGUCACUUCCUGCCAGAGUCUGUCAGUGAUCAGUGCGUUCAGUUUGUGGAACAGUACGAACCUGUGGUUGUGCAGCUCCUGGCAGAGAUGAUGGAUCCCACUUUUGUUUGCACUAAACUUGGAGUCUGUGAAGCAGCUAAACGGCCUCUCCUGGGGGAGGAUGCUUGUGUCUGGGGUCCAGGUUACUGGUGUAAGAACAUGGAGACUGCUGCUCAGUGCAACGCUGUUGAUCACUGCAAACGUCAUGUGUGGAACUAGAAGCAGCAUUUCCAGUUCUGAAAGUUUGCCAUGGCUCUUAAAAAUGUGGGCCGAAGCUGGCAGAGAGCUGUAUCUCAAAUGUCCCUUCUCUCUGCCUCUUUAACAAUUUGACCUUCAAGUUCCUUUUUAUUGUAACUCUUCUGUAGCAGUGCUGCCCUUGAAGGAUCAGAUCUUCAUUGUUGACUUAACAAAGAUACUUCUGAUUGUACAGUUUAACUCAUUAUGCUCCUAAAAAUAGCCAGUGUGUUGUAGAUUUUUAAUUGGUAGGCUGAAGUGGUUUUUAGGUGCUGGGAAGAACGGUAGAGAAGGGGAAAUGAGACAGGACUGUUAAUUGAAACAAAUAAAUGAGAAGAAAAAAGAACAAGAUAGCAAUUGAACUUUCAAAUGUCUGUCUGUAGUCAGCAUGGGGAAGAUGACACGCUUUGCGUUUGUAACAUCUGCCUGGAGUCUUUGUUUUCUGCCUAACUCUGGGGGAACUCUAAGGGGGAACAACUGAAAUCUGUGAAUCCCUUCAAAUGGAAUUUUCAAAGCUCUACAGAUGCAGAGGAGAAGGGACUUUGUGUGCCCAGCUAACUUUCAAAGUAACUGGUACCCAAAAGAUGCGUUGAGUGACCACGCUUUUGCAUUUGAGUGACUACACUUCCCAGGCUGUCGCAGCUAAGGAGACCCUCCCUCAGCCUUUGGUCAUGUCCUUUUUUUUUCUUUCCUUGGACUGCUCGGUCUAAGCAUGGCUGUUUGUCAAGCCCCCUGCAGUGGGGUGUCAGGCUCUUGAAGCAUGCAGGCAUAUGUAAGGAAUGACUCCCUUGUUUUUUCCCCUAGUUGCUCAAUUCUGCUGUCUUUCAGCUUCCUGCCUGCAGCCACCCGGGUACCGAGGAGAUGGGGCCCACAAGGCCGGUGCAAGGAUGGAGUGGAAAAAGCCAGCAGGGGCGAUGCAUGUGUCACAGGGAGUUCAGCACAGAGGGCAGAACACAUGGGAAAAUGGGAUUUAUUUGUAAACUGCUGUUUUCUUCCUUGCUCUGUGUUUCUCACAGCAUGUUUCAGUCCUGUAGAACCUCAGAGGCUGUGUAAGUCUGGGCAGUGCUGUUGCUGCCACCCAUUCUCACUCACUCACCCUUCCCAGGAGGUUCAUUAGAGAGUUUUGGGUUUUUUUUCCCCCGAGAGUUCCCAUUUCUAUUGGGAAACGCAUCUGAGUAGCCAGUGGAGAUGGUGGCAGCUAAUGAGGGCACUAUGGCAGGUACUGGGCAGCUCUGCUGUGGUUCCUGGUGACCUGCCUUCCCACACCUCUGCAGCAACCCGCUGGAAUGGCCUGAGCUGCUCAACAAAGGCCUUUCCAGGCCAGCUGACACCCUGGAAUCAAGUCAGACCUUGGGGUCUAGGGACCUGGAGAGUGAGAAUCAGACUUCUGUUGCCUGAGACAGACCUCCCAUCCCCUGCCAGCAGUGGGAGCAUAGUUCUGAUUGAGUGAACCCCUGAAACAGAGGAGACCUUUGGGAAGGAGGAGCUGGGCAGAGGUGGAGCUUUGAAAAUUCCAGUCCUGUUCAGAAAGGUGCCCGCAACUGCUCCUGUUCCUGGGGUGUCUUGGAUCAGGGGGGGAGCUCCAGCCACAACACUUCAGCAGCAAAGUUCAUUUUCAGGCAGCUUAAUGGAAAACCACUCGAGUGCUGCUCUGUUGUUGCUCUGUACGUACGAAAUGCCUGGGCAAUGUUGAUGGAUGGCAGUUGCGGGUUGUCUUUCCUGUUGGCGUUUGUACAGAAUGCUGAAGCACUCCUGGCUUUCUCAUGAAAAAGAAAGAAAGGAUUUUCCCUAAAGAUGUAAAAUAUAUGUGCAGCUUUCUGUCUUGGCAGUCUUUACAGGGGUUCCGGCAGGGCCUCAUGGGUGGGGGAGAUGUGGCAGAGAGGAAGCAGACUGCCUUCUGUGCCGCCUGUGAGGCAUGGCCUCGUGUUGCCCCAGGGCCCUGUGCUGCCCCAGGGGCCUGUGGGGAGAGUGUUUCUUCUUUUAAAGUGGAUGGCUCUCAUCUUAAGGCGAGAGUUUGUAGGAGGGAAGGUGAGGAUGGAUUGGCACUUGCAGGAGUGAGAGGCUGGUAUGGUUUUAAUGGGGUUUUUGGUAGCGAAGGAUUCAGGCCAGGUGGAGUGGGGGGAAGGCUGUGCCAGCCCUGGAGUCUCUUUAGUUUUCUCCCUCUCUGUGACUGUGGCACCUGCCCUGCUUGAGUUAUGCUGGGGAAACACGUGCAGUUGCUUCCUAAAGAACAUUGUCUUGAUUUUUUUUUUUGCACAAAAGCUUCCGUAAUGAACAAUAAAACCUUCUGUAAGCCAGUAA